UUUAUCAUGCGACUCCUCCACCUGCUUCCCUCGUCACAUAGGGCGAGUUUCUGUGGGCUUACAGGCAAGUAUAUGUCCAUGAUAUCAGAAACAAUAAUUGGCCGGGACAAUAACAACCAUCGUGCGGUAGGAUGCCAUUCUAUUACUUGCCUGGAGUUCCGAAUUUCAGUGGGGAUUAUAUAUCUACCCAAUCGAGCUUCGACAUGAGUUCCUCUGGCUUAUUGGCGUUCGAACGGCAGCAUCCACCACGAAUGUGGCCGGUGGCCGGUGGUCCAUUGCGUGGUUAUAGCCUGACCCAUCGACAUCACAACUUCGAGUCUGCAACCGUGAAUUGCCUCCAAGUUUCCAAGGAUUAACGAGUCCAUCCAUCGUCAUCACACCGUGUCGGCCAAAGCAUGGCUGCCACGGGAUGUCGGUCGACGAACCGAAGUGAAGUGGCAGCCAUGAGCUGUUACGAUGGACGGGCAACAACGAAGGUCGAGAGAUCCUACUACUACCUCUCGAGAAUCGACCGAGUUGAGACGAAAAAGAAAAAUUGGGUCCUCUCGGGAAGCAUGUAUGGAACUUCGAACUGCACACGACUCGCAGGAUCGCAGCGCCUAGAGCAUGUUGGGCGAAUUACAUCCUAGGCACGAAUGUAGACUCAGGGGGUUGGGGGACGGGGAGGGGCUAAGGGAGCAGGAGAGAGCGAAGCCCUCUUGGUUAGUGCCAUCCGUGUCGCUGAUGAUCUGAUCAAAUAAACUCACUUUAUUGCCUUGAUAAUCACUAUAUUCGAUCAUCAAGGCAUGGCUGUAAGUUUUCAGCAUUCGGUGGUGUACUGAGUUCGACGAACAGUAGAAAGUUUUCCAAUCUUUUAUAGUGCCAUAGUAGUUCGUGAGAAAAAAAUUUCGGUUCCAUGAACAUUCCGCCUUUACGCAGACGAAGUUAAGAUCACCGGAAUUUGGACAUAAUUGGCGCUCGAAAGGAUUUAUAAAUCUUCGUUGUUCUUACUAAUUCAGCAUCCUUAAUGAUUCUCGUUUCAGG